AAGGUGUAUAUGCAACUUGUCAGAACUCUGGAGUACCGUGGUUGUCCUGUAAAUCUAUUGCAAAGUGGGCAAAUGAUGAAUCUGAAAAUUCAACAUGGGGCCAAUUUGGAGCGGCAGUUUCAGCUUCUUACGUUCAACAUGUGCUCAAGAGAUUUUUUAUUCCAGACGAAGUUCAAGGUAUGUACACAGUUACCGAAAAUAUGGAGAAUAAUAGGCUCAAAAACACCCGGAUUAAAAAUUUCGUAGUUAGUCUAAAAUUAACAUUUUUUGCGGUAACUUUAUGUUCCUAUUUAAAUUUCCUGGUUAAUUUAACCAUAGUCCUGGUCAAGUUGAUCACUAUUGUGACUAAAGGCAUUAUGUUUGAAUUAACCAGAUCAAGACGCCGACCAGCCGCAGACUUAUUGUCCCUUGUCAAUGAAGGAGAAAAUAAUUUCAGAUACACAAAGGAUUUUCCUCAUGAAUAAUCACCGACAAUGAAACUAGCCGACUGUCGGUAUCAUAUGGAAACCAGGCUUUGGUCCACCUAACCUGCAUAAUCAGGUUAAUUCAAUCAUAUAACCCGGUUAAAGCAACCAGGGAGGUUGGUUAAAUUAGUCAGAACUAUGAUCAAAUUAACCAGGUAAAUUAACCAGAAAAUGUAAUCAGGAACAUUAAGUGACCCCAAUCAGUGUUAAUUUCAGAUUAACCAGGAAUUUUUAACCAGGGUGUUUUUAGAAAGCACAUGGAUGUGUGGAAAUAUCAAAUUAAUUUCGAAUGCUGACCAGAAUCUCUUUGUCAACACAAGAAAUACAUUUUAUAUUUCCGAGCGUCCAUGUAUAUUGUUCUGUUUAGUAUAUAAUAUAAUUAUCCUUGCCAAUAAUAUAUAUAUAAAAAUGUUACUAGAUUGUGAUUGGUUUAUUUCAGUGUAGUUAAUAUGAAACAGCAUUGUAAUAUAAAAUUCUCUAUAACAGCGGUGCAAAAAUUUGUAACAAACUGAACUGAUUGGUGAAAAAACUAUGGCAAACACUAAAAUCAAUUAAUCAGCUUAAAGCAAUCCUGAAGUAACGGUCACAUAUUGCUUCAAAACAAACCAAGCAUGGCGGCCGCGCUACAUAAGUAAAGUCGAGUUCGGCCGAAAAAUAUGACUUUUAUUUUUUUUAAAUGGAAAAGACUUUACUUAACAAGACCAACAAAACUUACACAGUUGAGUGAAAUUUUCAAGCCGUUAGCAAUGUUUAAUGUGAUAAUAACAAAUCAAGAAAACUUUGCCACUGCACGGUUCGCAAUAAACGUAAGUCAAUACCACAAUUUUCUCGAGCAUUUUUAUGUUUAUUAUGUAACAGGAUAAAUUUGGAUAAAACAAGCGCUCGUCAGUGGCGCCGUGGGACCCUUGUUUUUGGGGGGCCAAGGGCUGUUCUUUUCCGACAAACCAGAAAUUUUUCUGGCGACCUCCCCCCCCCCCCCACCAUCGCCAAAAAAAUUUCGGUCAGUGUACCAUUUUAGGGGUCAAAAAAAUUUUCCGGACAUACCAAAAUUUUUCGUCACAUCUUUAAAUUUUUCCAGAAAUCACCCAUUUUCUCAAUUUAUCAAAAAAUUUUCGAAUUUACCGAUGUCGGAAAUUUUGCCAAUUUCCGACGUUGUCAAUUUUCCAAAAAUUUCCGACAACAUUCACAAUUUUCCGACUGGUCUUCACAGGCUUCUUCUGGCCGACAACAUUCACAAUUUUCCGACUGGUCUUUCCGACUCCCCCCCCCCCCGGCCACGGCGCCACUGGCGCUCGUGAGUUUUUCAGACCUCGAAUAUCACUCGUCCUUCGGACUUGUGGUAUUUUGAUGCUCUUUGAAAAACUCGCGCGUCCGUGUUUUAUCCAAAUUGCACUGAUCAUAUUACUUCUACAAAAAUAGCAAUGAUUUAAAUUAUAAAGGCCGAGACACACCAGACGUGAUUCGACAACGCGGCGCGAUUUUUCGAUUUUCAUUGACCGAUAACUUUGAUCCAGGUUUAAGUGACCUUAAGUUGUUCAAUUAUUAAGAAGCGCUAUAACAUUCUGAAUUAUUUGGUCCGCAUAUCUUUUAAAAUUGCCUUUCAUAAUAAAUUUCAAAAAUUGAGAAAUCAUGCGAUUAGUGACGGAAAAUCAAUACAACACUCUAUUUUAUAUAUAAUAUAAUGUUACACCUCACCUUAAAUUGUCGAAUCAAAACACAGCAUUUGUGCUACAUGACGUUGUAACUUUUUAUCCAAAUCUAUGAUUACGUAAUGCAGCUUGAGAUAUCAUCUGCCGCUCGAUAGAACUAACAGUUGAAGGAUUUUUUUGUAGAUGGAAAUUUGGAGCCCAAGAUUAUAUUCAAUUUUAUACUUAAGGUUACAGGACACCCUUUUUGGCGUUUUGCGGAAAAUCGCUACUGCGCACUCAAUAUCAGUCCGAUUUGAAUCAGUCCGAUUUGAAUAUGCAAAAUGUGGUAAAGUUGUAAAAUUAACAAACAAUAAAAUAAUAUAAGAAUUAUUCAGGAAAAUCUUAAAACGCGGUACCGUUACGCUUUUGAGUUGUGUUCCUGCUGGUUUUAAGUUAUAUUUAUGAAUAUAUCAUUUUUAUACAGUAAAAUAGUUGUUCUAAAAAAUUCUAUUCGGAAUUUUUUGUUUAUUUCGUCAUUCCGCUGAUAUGGCGAUUUCUUUGACGACUGCAAUAUACUUCUGAAUUCUUUGAGUGAAUUGCUCUUUAUCAUUAAAAUAUCCAAAAAUUAAAAAAAAGCCGAACACCAUUUUGAAACUGACGUCUUUAGCUAUGUCCUGUGAAAAUUUGAGAAAGAUUGGUCAAAACCCGCAGAAGCACAACUCGUUUGAAAAUCAGUAAUUACCGUAAAAUUCUUCGGGAGAAAAUUGAAUUUGAAUAUUACAUUUUCAAUGUUUUUCUUAUUGCAGCGAAAUGUAUUUUAUUAAAUAACUCUGCGAGUUUUCAACAUUUUUCGUUCAAACUUGGUCAGAUAGUAGAAUUAGUCUAAUGCUUUCAUGGAAACCAAUAAAAAAAUUUUAGGCAAAAUUAACCCUCAAAGGUGUUCUGUAACCUUAACCAGGAGCAGGUGCGAAAAAGGCAACUAUAGGCCCCCUGGCAGGAAUUGGACCUGCGGCCCUGCGAUUCCGGUACAGCGCUCUAACUAAUUAAGUUACAGAUUUCAGUUUGUUGCCGAGAUCAAACUACAAGUUCUUGUAUACAUACAGUAUAGUGGGUGAUGUACCGCCGAGUCGUAUGCACACCCUCGUAAUGGGUACAACUACCUUUUUGAAAUUUCCAAAAUCAAGCUAGAGCUUCGUUGCUUUAGGCUCUUUCGCCCACAUUCUUGCAGAUAACGGCUACAGUUUAACCGUAUUCUCUGUAUUUAACCACAGUGUUUGACAAGUCCGUGCCCAAGCCCUGCCUUCCUCCCAUGGUGCCCCAUUUCAUUGGUCGACAACAAAAAGUUGAAGAUAUCUUCCGUGUGCUGACGAGCCCAGCUGCUAGGCUAGUCUCUGUAUCUGGACCUCCUGGUUUUGGCAAAACUUCAUUGGCUAUUGCAGUAGGACACCAACUUAAACAGCUCGGACUACCAGUUUAUUUCCUUUCCUUGAGAAGCGUCAAGACAGUGGAAGAGCUGAUCUCUGAUCUGUUAAACACAUUUGCGCAUACGUCGUCUGAUGUAACGGGGCGAGAGCAUUCAAAACUAUGCGGAUUCCUUAGUGCAAUUCCUUCCAAUAUUUGUAUCAUCCUCGAUAACGCCGAUGUCCUUUUUGAGAGUAGUGGUGAAACGAGCCAAAAUGUUUUAGAGCUACUGGAAAUGAUAUUUUCUGAUUGCAAAAAUGUUUCCUUUCUAUUGACCACAAGGACGAGUCUUCAGUCAGUGUUGGGAAGAAAAUUUGGCGAUCACAUGUCUGUCGGUGUUGCAUCGCUAGACAGGAAAUCGUCACAAAUGCUUGUUCAAGAACUUGUCCCUGUUGCUGAUGAAAGUGAAUACUGCAGACUUGCUGAGGUUUGUGGAGACGUUCCGCUGGCCAUCAAACUUUUGUGCGGUCAAAUCGUUGACGAGAAGAAGAGUGCUUCUCAAUUCCUUGACCAUUUUAGCUGCUCUUCAAAAACGGUAAUAGGGUUGUUAGAUGAUCCAGAUGCGCCUAAUGAUCAACGUUUAAAUGUCUUGUUCGAGUCUUAUUUCAAAAGACUAUCUCAAGAAGAGCAAGAAGCAUUUGUUUGUCUUUCAGUUUUUGUCAGUGAAGUGUUCGACGAGCAAGCUGCAGUAAACGUCAUUGGAGGAGAUGAAAACACAGCAAAGAAAGCGUUGUUGAGGCUGAAGAGAAAAUAUUUGGUUGAAGGAAAUUCCUCCGAACCAGUGCUGUUUUCUUUUCACCCUCUGAUCAGGUCAUUUGGUUUCGAAAAAGCAGCUGGCAUGAAAGAAAUUGCUCGCGAAGCAGAACGGCGAUUCUUGAGUUAUUACGUCAAGUUGUUUGAAGAUUUAAAUAACCAGUUUCCUGCUGGAAAUUCUCUCCUCGCAUUUCACGAUUUCGAAUUUAACAAAGAGAAUAUAGUGCAUAGUCUCUCCGAAGGUGUUCAAAACGAGGCAGUCCGUGACGCAAUUUUCGAUGUUCUUUCCGAUGCGGAUCUGUUUUUGGACACCAUUUUUUACUUUGAACGUGGCUGGACGUUUUUCAAAAUUUAUAAUUUAGCAAUAGCCAAGGCAAAAGAGCAACGUAAAUUUAAAGCUGUCCACCAAUUGUUAAUUGCUAAAGCUGUUGGUGAAAUAACCUGGUGUGAUGGAGCCGCAUUGUCAUUACUAAAAAAGGCCGAAGAAAUAGAGAAGCAAAAUACUCUUCUUAUUUCACAAGUUGUGAUGGGAAAACGAAUGUGCUAUCUUGGUAUUCACUUGCUAAUAUAUAGGGCGGCAGUGAAAGGAGGCGAAUUUCUUGAGAAAGGGGUAUCUCUGUUGAGUUCUGAAAAUGCUAUACUCAGGGUUUUGAGCUUCCAGAUUUUUGCCUUGUUUACUGCUAAGAGAGAAAAGUCUUCUUAUUACCGGAACAUUGUUUUAACUGAAUGCGCUAACAGACCAUCCUUGUAUGCUUUCUUCAAAGCUAUUGAAGAAGAUGAUUGCGAUGACGAGAAAGAGAAUGAAAACCCAAAAACUGUAAGUCAACCACUCAUUUUGGCGCUUGCUCUUCUCAUCAACUUUAUUGCGAAUUGCUUUGGUAUGCAAGAGGUAAUCUAUAAACUUGAAAUGCCAAUCUCGCAGUUACAGAAAGAAAUCGAAGCCGAAGCACAGAACGACCGUCUAUACUUGCCACUACUGUUCAUCGCGGAAAACACCCUGACAAAAGUAAAAAUAGAGCAAGAGAGUGCAGCAGCUAUGCAGCUCGCUCUCGAUAAUUUUAUAGAAGAAAACGGUCGGCUAAACCCAGAUACAGCCGUAAGGUACUAUUACAUCGGAAGAACUCUAUGCAGACAGGAGAAUUGUGACGCUGCUUUGACAUCUCAUUACGAAGCACUAGAUAUCAGAUUGAAGCUUUUUGGGAACAACGCAGAUACCGCCGAGAGCUAUUAUCAGAUUGGUAAUACCCAAUUUAAUAAAAAAGAUUACGAGUCAGCACUGCAAUCGUUACAGAAAGCACUUGCGAUCAGACAAAAUCUUCAUGGGAAAAUUCAUCCAGACGUUGCCCGAGCUUGUUUUAGCAUUGGAGCGACAAAGCAUUGCUUGAACGAGUACGAUUCAGCUGUGCAUUGGUACCAGCGCGCCCUCGAUAUUCGAGUGGCGCUCUAUGGAAAGGAACAUCCAGGUUCCGCUGACAGCUACCACUGUAUUGGCGAAUCUCAGUGCGAAAUGGAAGAUUAUGAUUCUGCUCUGGAGUCAUGUCAGCAGGCACUUGGUAUCAGGUUAAAACUUUUUGGACGGGAGAGCGAAGAUACAAGUAACAGUCUUCGUCAAAUGGAAUUGAUACGAAGUAGAAUGAAAUUUUAAAGAUCAUCUCACGAGGUACAGUAACACAAACUGGUGCUUGAAAUGAAUCAACUAAUAAAAGAACACGAUUAUUUAAGCAACAUAUGCAGUGGUUUAUAACAACCAAUUAAUUAACAUCAGAAUUUCCUCUAGAGAACAUGCACGCUAUAACUUGAACUUUCAUCAUUAACUGUUUUGUGUUUGCAAUUGCCAACUUAUUUUAGCCGGUGCAAAUCAUUUGGUCAUAGUUAUAAAUAUACACGAGUUUGCAAAAUAAAUUAUAAGAUCGUUGAG